UCCCGAGUGGGCGGAGACCAUUAGGUGGGACUCUUGUGAGCUAAACAUGUCCGACAAGGCUGAGUCUCCAACAGAAACACAUAAAGAAGAACAGCCGCAGUCACCGUCAGAAAACUCCGAGACUAGUGAAGAGAAGAAGAAAAUCGAUGUGCUGCUGAAGGCGGUGGGAGACGCUCCUAUAAUGAAAACGAAGAAGUGGACGGUGGACAGGGGCAGGACGGUGCAGUCCCUCGCUCAGUUCAUUUCUCGCUUCCUCAAACUCGACGCCAACGAGCAACUGUUCAUCUAUGUACACCAGUCAUUCGCGCCAUCGCCAGAUCAGGAAGUGGGCGUCCUCUUUGAUUGUUUCGGCAGCGACGGGAAACUAGUUCUGCAUUAUUGUAAAUCUCAAGCUUGGGGUUAAUUGCUUUAUUUCAAUUUGAAUUAUGUCAUUUAACAAAAAAUUACCGUCUUCAAGUUUGUAUGUACAUACUCUGUAAAUAAAUAAUCGUAAAAAAACA